AUCAAUGCACUAGCUAACCUUCCCCCUGCAUCCUUGCUGCUUCGCUUCCUCGCUUUCUUACUUUCUACCGUAUUUUUCUCUAUUAUACGCUGCUUCUUGCGCUUUCUCAAUAGCGACUUUGAUUUUUUCCUUCUUUCUUUAAUCAAUAUCGUUUCUCUCCUACUAUGCUAAAAUGGUUCUAACAUUCUUCCGUUUCUAAUCUUUUAUCCAUUCCUAUACGUAUAAAGUCAUUUCCAUCAUGUUCUCUGUUUUUUUCAUCGUUAGAAUUCAUCGUUGGAUGUACGUAUGUCUUUUGAUAGCAUAACAUAGUCUCGGAAGAUUGAAAUUUUGACGUUUGCUCUUAUGUUAUAUCGUUACGUAGGUCGACGUUAACAAAUUCACCUGAAAAAAUUCAAUACGGAAUUUUCAAACCAUGUACUGGAUUGAUCAGAGAUUGGAGCAAAUAUAAUUCGACCCUAAGCCAGUCAACCAGAAAAUUGAUGCAUAUACCUCGAGUUCUAACGCGCGAGUCAAUAUUAUUUGUACUAGUUAUUUUUAAUAACAAAAUCAUGCAUGAAACGUUUCUUGUAGACGUGAUCGAUUUUUGUAUUAUCGAUGUACGUCUUUCUUAAUUCGCACUUUUACCAAGAUCGACAGAGAAACGAAUAAACUGAAAUAAUAUCGAGAUAAACGCUAAAGAACUUUUGACUGCUUAAUUAUGAUUAUGAUUAUUGACUACUUCAUUGUUAUUUUAGCAUAAUAGAUACAUAUUCCCUUUUAAUUCGUAGCCGUAAAAUUAUUCGAAUUUCAUAGAGAGCGUCAACGUCAUCAUUCGUACCAACGUUAUAGUCGUCGAUCUUUUCCUACAUUCGAUUUGAACAAGUGUCGCAUUGUGUAGUGGUUUUGUUUUUUUUCAUCUGAAUUUGUGUAUAUGUUGUUCCACAAUGAGAUUAACAGGAUUAUAUUGUGCCCUUUUCAUCGCAUGCUGCUUAUCAUUUAGCCACGCCCUGGAAUGCUAUGUAUGUACCAAUCAAGAGGGUAAUCGAGAAAAAUGUUUAAAGAGUACAAAAAUCUGUGAACAGAGUCAAGACACGUGUUUAACGGAAAUUAAAUGGGGAAGUACACCAUAUUGGUCACAAGGUGCGAAGAAACAGUUUUAUGUUUCAAAGAGAUGUGCAACGAGAAAAGAAUGCGAAAGAAUAAAACAUUCUAAUAUGGGAGAUUGCACAUAUAUAUGGUACGAAGACUGGAAAUGUUCUGAUUGUUGUCAAGGAGAUAAAUGCAAUUAUUAUGUUAUCUCUGCAGCAGAGAAAAUACAUAUUUCCUGGUUGAUCGUAAUGAUAUCUUUGCAUAAUUUAUGGCACAUAGUGAAAUGACGAAUAAUAGCAAAAGAUAUUGCUCCAGCAUUGGCUUCUUGCAACUAGUGAUAUUCCUUUUCAUUAGAAAAACAAUGUUUUUCAACUGUGCAUGGAACAAAUAAUUAUAUAUUAUAUAUAUUUUAAUUGUACCUAUAUAUAUAUAUAAGUUGAUACUUUGCAUGUAUCUGAAAGGAACAUAUUUAGGAACAAAUGACGAUGCGGAGUAUUUCUACGAUAAAAGUAAUUCAUACUCCCAGUAUCAUAUAAUCUAUAUUAUAAGGUAAAACAACGAUGGAAUUGAAUUUGAAUCCGUCCUUCGUUAUAACAUGUAUACAACAUCUCUUUGUAUACAACAUCUGUUCAAUCCGUCCAAACACUCCUUUUAUACAUUUUGUUAAGAGAAUUUUAUUAAAUAAUGCAUUAACAAAUAUUUUGUACUUGUUGAUAAAAUUAAUAAAAUUAUAUGUAACAUGUAA